GCUCAGGAGCGAUCAGAGAGUGGAGAAAUGGCAUUUAUUAAACAACUUGUCAGAAAAAUUCUGAUAGUUAUUGCUCGUCCUGCUCGCUUACUGGAAUGCCUGGAAUUUGAUCCCGAAGAGUUUUACUAUCUUUUGGAAGCAGCUGAAGGCCAUGCUAAAGAGGGACAAGGCAUUAAAACAGACAUCCCUCGAUACAUUAUUAGCCAGCUGGGCUUAAAUAAAGAUCCUCUGGAAGAAAUAGCUCAGCUAGCUAACUGUGACAGUGGGACAGCAGAAAAUCUGGAAGGGGAUGAAUCAAUAAAUAGCUCUAAUACCUCACUGAAGCUGCAGAGAAAGCCUCGGGAAAGUGAUUUUGAAACAAUUAAACUGAUUAGUAAUGGAGCUUAUGGUGCGGUUUAUUUUGUGAGACACAAAGAAACCAGACAAAGAUUUGCCAUGAAGAAAAUUAAUAAGCAGAAUCUCAUCCUCCGAAACCAGAUCCAACAGGCCUUUGUUGAGCGUGAUAUCCUGACAUUUGCAGAAAAUCCAUUUGUAGUCAGCAUGUAUUGCUCCUUUGAAACAAGACGUCAUUUAUGUAUGGUCAUGGAAUAUGUAGAAGGUGGAGACUGUGCUACUUUGAUGAAGAACAUGGGUCCUUUACCUGUAGACAUGGCAAGGAUGUACUUUGCAGAGACUGUUCUGGCCUUGGAAUACCUUCAUAAUUACGGAAUUGUACACAGGGAUUUGAAACCAGACAAUUUAUUGGUAACAUCCAUGGGCCAUAUAAAACUUACAGACUUCGGCUUGUCAAAGGUGGGGCUAAUGAGUUUGACUACCAAUCUGUAUGAGGGUCACAUUGAGAAGGAUGCCAGAGAAUUCCUUGACAAACAAGUCUGUGGUACACCUGAAUACAUAGCUCCUGAAGUGAUACUGAGACAGGGUUAUGGAAAACCAGUGGACUGGUGGGCUAUGGGAAUUAUCCUUUAUGAAUUUCUUGUUGGGUGUGUGCCAUUCUUUGGAGAUACACCAGAAGAGCUGUUUGGACAAGUAAUCAGUGAUGAAAUCAACUGGCCUGAAAAGGAUGAAGCACCACCACCAGAUGCCCAGGAUCUGAUUACUCUGCUGCUCAGGCAGAAUCCACUGGAAAGACUGGGAACAGGUGGUGCAUAUGAAGUAAAGCAGCAUCAGUUCUUCAGGAGCCUUGACUGGAAUAGUCUGCUGAGGCAGAAAGCAGAAUUCAUUCCGCAAUUGGAGUCUGAAGAUGACACAAGUUAUUUUGACACUCGGUCUGAGAAAUACCACCAUAUGGAAACUGAGGAAGAAGAUGAUACUAAUGAUGAAGAUUUUAAUUUGGAGAUAAGACAGUUUUCCUCAUGUUCGCACAGGUUUUCAAAAGUUUUUAGUAGCAUAGAUCGAGUUGCUCACGCGCAAGGUGAAGAAAAGGAAGAUGCAGGAGACAAAACAAAAAGUGUAACCUUGCCUUCUGUGGAAUCUUUAAGCUGGAGUUCAGAAUAUUCUGAAAUACAACAAAUAUCUACAUCCAUCUCCUCUGACACUGAGAGUAGCAGGCAGCGACGUAGCUCUGGUUUGCUUCCAAAGUUGGCCAUAUCUGCUGAAGAACAGAAUGAUUCUGCUGGCUUAGUUGGACCCCGGGAGGAACAGGAAAAACCUGUAUUUGUGAGUGAGGAAGUAGUGCAAGACGAACCUGAAGUAACCACUCCAGCAAGUACAAUCAGCAGCUCCACGCUGUCAGUUGGCAGUUUUUCAGACCACUUAGAUCAGAUAAACGGAAGAAGUGAGGGCAUGGACAGUACAGAUAACUCUUCAAAGCCACCCAAUGAAGUUGCAUCUCACGUGGCUCGCCAGCGAUUAGAAAGCACAGAGAAAAAGAAGAUCUCUGGAAAAGUCACAAAGUCCCUUUCUGCAAGUGCUUUGUCCCUUAUGAUCCCAGGAGAUGUGUUUGGUGUUUCUCCUUUGGGAAGUCCUAUGUCUCCUCAUUCCCUAUCAUCUGAUCCUUCAUCAUCCCGAGAUUCAUCUCCCAGCCGUGAUUCAUCGAUUGCUGCUCCAAGUCCUCAUCAACCAAUAGUAAUUCACAGUUCAGGAAAAAAGUAUGGCUUCACCAUCCGAGCAAUCAGGGUUUAUGUGGGUGACAGCGAUAUCUACACUGUACAUCAUAUUGUUUGGAAUGUGGAAGAAGGAGGUGCAGCUUACCAGGCGGGUUUAAAAGCUGGAGACCUGAUAACUCAUAUCAAUGGAGAGCCAGUGCAUGGUCUUGUUCAUACAGAAGUCAUUGAGUUGUUGAUAAAG